AUCGGUGGCGUUUUUCAGUUCUCACCUCGCCGGAGAGUUUCGACUGACUGCUCCACCAUUUUUCCCGCUCAUUCGGACAAGCCUUCAGGUCUGUAUGCCCUAAGAUCAGCCAUGAAUGAUGGAAUUCGUCUUCCAAAAUCAAAGUGGUACGGCCAAUGCGCCUCUCUCGAACUCUAACACGUUGUAACGUUCAAUAGCUUAUUCUUGUUUCUGCUUUAGCGAGGCAGGUCUAGUAUGGCCCGUAAUAUGUUCGACAAAAUGCUUCAUACGCACGAGGUCACUCCGGAUUCGUAGUGUAAAUGCGAUCCCCAUGCUGUGACAUAUAACACAUUCGUGGAUGACUUGUGUAGACACAGAAUUGCGUGCAUAAUGUGGUGAAGUGUAUGAUUAAGAAGGGAACACAUUUGUGUGAAGCAUGCGAUGGAUGAGGCUCUGGCACUCAAUGAUGUUACUUUCAACACUGGUAAUGGGGCUCUGUGACGCACUGAGAUAUGGUCGAAUCUUGCUUUGCUCCACAUGCGUGCAUUUUCACUAUUUUGCUUGCUGCCUAUUGUUGUGAUGCAGGAAUUCUGGAUGCAUCAAUGAAGGGUUUCGCAGAAAUUGUUAAUCUGAAUUCAUAUAGUGUCUUGCUUUGUUGUUUGUGCCAGAGGAAGGAUUUUGAAAUGGCAGAGGCAUUGUUAAACGGGUUACUGGAGAAGGAGAUAAUUGUCAAGGAUGGAUGCAUGCCUCUUGUUGCAGCCUAUAUAACCCAAUGUUCAAAUAUUUAUGAACCAAUGGGAAAAAAGAGAGAGCGGAGAAAGUGUUCAGGCAGCUAAGGAAAAGAGGGACACAAUACUCAGCUUCUUACAAGACUUGGAUCACGGGUCACUGCAGAUAAGGUAAAUUCCAGGCUGCUAAAUGAGCUGCUAUUGGUCCUAAUGUUUUGGUGGGAUUUUGAACCGGAUUUGGAAUCUACGAGUUGUUGAUUAGUGGGUUCUAGAAGAAGGGUGAAACUGUUCCUGCCUACAGAAAAUGCUUUAGAACUCACAUCUUACAGGAGGAAUUAUGUUCAAUUCUAUACUUGCAGAACUUUUGAAAGCAGAAAUUUCUGGAUGAUUCUUUUGGCUUUUUAUGGCUAAUGUUGAAGAAAGGAAUAAGGCAGAACAUUGAACUGUCAACACAUGCUGUGAGCCUGCUUGUCACAAAAAAAGGAUAAAGCUUUUCUGGUUUGCUUUGUGAUAACGAAUAUUUAGUUAAUAUGGAGAUAUUAAUUGUUUUCCUCUGUGAGAGUAGAAAUAUAGUUGAGGCACACAAGGAUUGAUAUUAGCACAUGCAACUCAGUCAUCAAAAGACUGUAAACAUAAGAGACUCGGAAGCAUUCCAUUUGUACUAUGAGUUGGUGGAACAUGGGAACCGCCAACAGCAUAGAGGCUGCUGGAAAACAAGUUGGACUUCAGUUUGUGUUGAAGAUGAUGGCUACAUUUCGAGAAAUCAGCGUGUUCCGGUCAUAUCUGUGGGAAUAGAACAAUGCGUGAAAUAAUGGAUAUAGACUUCCAGUGAAAGACAAGACUCAAGACCCAAUUCUAUAAGUCAUAGUUUGCUACCAGCAGAAGUUUUACUGGCAAAAGCGGAGUGUGUGCUGGAUUUUCCAGUUAGACGGCAUCUCAAGCUUACGGUCUCUCAAAGGUGUCCAACUGCCUGGUUGCCUAACUUUCACCUUAAUUAUACCUCCCAGGCAGAAAGACUCUUGAUCCCAGACUAUGCAAAUAUUUACAACCCAGAGGGCAAAAAAUGUUUGUUGCCUUUUCAUGGUCUUAAAGCAUUCCUAACCAACAUUUCCCAAAUAAUCACCAAACCCUAAUAAGAUAAGAGGUCUCUCUUUCCAUGCUCUUUAAUCUUCAGAACCAAACUCUCCCCAAGAAACAUCUCUGUCUUUCCCUUUAAAUUCAUUUCCUUUUGGUCAGUGUUUUUGCAUCCACAGCCCUGUUCUCAGAAAUCAAUUGUUUGAACCUGAAAAGAUGUCGAAAUCUGGAAUGGUUGGUGUUGAGAGGCAGAGCGGGAGGCGUGUUGCGAACCCCGGGAAGGCAACCGUGAUGGCUCUCGGGAAGGCCUUCCCGAGCCAAGUCGUUCCCCAGGAGAAUCUUGUGGAGGGAUAUCUCCGCGAUACCAAAUGUGAUGACAGCUUUAUCAAAGAGAAGCUGCAACACUUGUGCAAAACGACAACCGUUAAAACAAGGUACACUGUCAUGUCGAGGGAGGUACUGGACAAAUACCCUGAACUAACAACAGAAGGUUCACCAACAAUCAGGCAAAGGCUUGACAUUGCAAACGAGGCGGUUGUCAAAAUGGCGUUUGAAGCGAGCUUGGCUUGCAUAAAUGAAUGGGGAAGGCCAGUGGAGGACAUUACUCAUGUUGUCUAUGUUUCCUCAAGCGAGAUAUGCUUACCUGGGGGCGAUCUUCACCUUUCAGCUCAGCUAGGGCUGAGAAAUGACGUGAACAGAGUUAUGCUCUACUUUCUUGGCUGUUAUGGCGGGGUGACUGGUCUCCGUGUUGCCAAAGACAUUGCCGAGAACAAUCCAGGAAGCAGGGUUCUGCUCACAACCUCUGAAACCACCAUUCUUGGGUUUCGUCCCCCAAACAAAGCUCGUCCUUAUGACUUGGUCGGGGCAGCGCUGUUUGGAGACGGUGCAGCUGCUGUAAUAAUUGGAGCAGAUCCGACAGAAUCGGAAACUCCGUUCAUGGAGCUGCACUACGCGGUACAGCAGUUCUUGCCGGGGACACAGAACGUGAUAGAUGGGCGGUUGACAGAAGAGGGCAUUAACUUUAAGCUAGGAAGGGAUCUGCCACAGAAGAUAGAAGACAACAUAGAAGAGUUCUGCAGGAAACUGAAGGGAAAGGCUGGAGGUGAGGCGUUGGAGUUAAAUGACAUGUUCUGGGCAGUCCAUCCCGGUGGACCGGCCAUCUUGAACCGUCUGGAGACGAAAAUGAAGCUGAAACCUGGAAAACUUGAAUGCAGCCGAAGGGCUUUGAUGGAUUACGGGAACGUCAGCAGCAACACCAUCUUUUACGUGAUGGAGUACGUCAGAGACGAUCUCAGGAAGAAAGCCAUCCAAGGCGAAGCCGAAGAUGAAGAGUGGGGACUGGCUUUAGCUUUUGGGCCUGGGAUCACCUUCGAAGGCGUUCUGAUGCGGAGCCUCUGAGUGAACCUAAAGCUCUCGAAUGCCAUAGACCUUGUUUUCAACGCAUCUUAUCAGUUUUAAUUAAUGUUUUCUACCUUUUU